ACUUUCCAGUACUUACCACAUUUCUCCACAGGGAGGCAAAUUGCCUGGAAGUGAGUAAACAGUGUUGUAUCUUAUAGAAUGGGAAGUUUUGUCAUCCUGUCUCAGUUGUCUUCUGAAUGUGAGUUUGUGUCAACUUUGAUUGGUCAGAUCUAUAAUAAUUUCCCCAAAAGAAAGUAGAUAACGUAAUGUUAAUAAAAAUGCUUUAAUUUUUUUUACCAGAUUGUUGUAACUACUGUAAAACACUCAAGUACAUAAAAAAACAGAACUCCCACAAUGAAAAUAGCGAUUUAAUGUAUAGGUUGUAUAAGCACAACCUAUUUUCUCAUGAAUGUCUAGGGAAAUUGUGGGGAAGGAAAACCGGGUGUUAUGGUUCCGAUUAAAAUGCGUCAAAGCUUAGAGGAAUUGGACAAUACAAUGGCAGAGAGGGAGACAUGGUUGUGUCUGCUCCUACUAGCCCUUCAAAGCCAAGGGGACACAACAACUGACAGCAACUAACAGUAGCAACCGGAAGCUGGAGAUUUCCACUGCCAGGAAGUUGGUCCAAGCUUAACUGGUUGCAAGUGGGACUGUUGUGAAAAUGGCGACGUCUCGUCGCUCUUCCCAGCAGCAGCAACAUAGCCUCUCUUUGCCACCCCGCAGUAGCUCGCUUUCUCCCCCUCCCGUUGGAUCUGCCUCGGCAACUGUCGACGGUCCUAUAUCGCCUCCAGCCGGUUCUGAGCCUGAAAGUGCGGGUGAUCCAGAGCUAUCCCCAGUCUCUCCCGACAUCCCCACCCCGGCUCUGAGCAGUAGCAGUAGCACCAGUUCCACAUCUCGACCACCGGGGGGUGUCAGCAGCUCUGGCUCGACUCCGGACUCCGACAGCUCUAGCCCGGGCAGCAGCGGGGGAGGCUGUGGCUCAAGCGGAGCAUUCAGGGAGCUAUUUGAAGCCUGUCGGAAUGGAGAUGUAUCGCGGGUGAAGAGGUUGGUGGAUUCCGUCAACGUGAAUGCCAAGGACAUGGCUGGACGAAAAUCGACCCCGCUCCACUUCGCUGCAGGCUUCGGUAGGAAGGAUGUGGUGGAGCACCUUCUCCAGACAGGUGCAAACGUGCACGCCCGUGACGACGGGGGCCUGAUCCCACUCCACAAUGCCUGCUCCUUCGGCCAUGCAGAGGUGGUCGGCCUGCUGCUGUGCCAGGGUGCGGACCCCAAUGCCAGGGACAACUGGAACUACACUCCUCUGCACGAGGCUGCAAUCAAGGGCAAGAUAGAUGUCUGCAUUGGUAGGGCUUCAUUUAAUUACUCAGACCCCAUUAUGGCAAGCGCUGUGGAAUGGCUGGAUUAGAUCCCCUCCUUUCCCCCUGUGUCCGCCUACCCCUGCCUCUAUUUGUCUCCUUGCCUCUUCCUGUCUCUCUCGUUGCCUCCUUACUUUUUCGGUGGCGUAGCUGGCUAUAGCGGUGUUUAUGAGAGGCUGUCGUUGCGUUCGGGAGUCCCUCAUGUUUGAACCCUGGUGUAGGCAAGAGAGGAAGGAAAAAUGUGUAUUGAAGAGCGAUGCAAUUACACACUGGUGACACCUGCUUGAUCCUCUGGUCCACAGUGACCCUAGAGUCUGCAGGCCUGCGUCCUUUUGCAUGUAUUCUAUUCUGAGGCUCCAUUCCACCAGUCUGUAAAUGCCUCUGUGGCUAUCAUUAUGAUAGAACAACCUGAAUAAAGGUGUACUGUACGCUACUGCUUCAGUAGCUGUGCUAGAGACAUCUGCCUGUACACCAGUGGUUCUCAA